UCGCUGCACUCGUAUAGAUAUAAAUAUCCUAACGCCUCAUAGACUAAUGCAAAUAAAACAUUAUUUCAAUUAAAUUGUUACAAGAAUAUUAAUAUUAGAAUCUGAAAGGGCGGUUCCUUGUAUCACCACGUUUGCGGUAACCACAGAUCAGCGCUGAUAAAUUCCUAACAUGUCUGGUGAACCCGAAGUAGCACGCACUCCUGAAGGUGAAGAGACAGAAGAGGAAGAAAUCAAGUCUUCAUACAGGCCACCACCAGAAAAGACCAUUGAGGAAAUUUUAGCAGCUGAUCAAGAAGAUGAAUCAUUGAGAAAGUACAAGGAAGCAUUAUUAGGACAGGCGCAAGCAGGAACAGUUAUAGUUGAUCCGAAUGACCCUCGUAAGGUGAUUGUGAAGAAGUUAGCACUUUGUGUGACAGAGCGCGAUGACCUUGAGCUAGACCUCUCUGGGGAUCUCACAGACCUCAAGAAACAGGUGUUUGUUAUCAAAGAGGGUGUGCAGUAUCGGAUAAGGAUCGAUUUUAUUGUCCAGCGAGAGAUCGUACACGGCCUUAAGUACGUGCAGAAGACCUACCGUAUGGGAAUGCCCGUGGACAAAAUGACCCACAUGGUUGGUUCGUAUCCUCCGAAGACCGAGAUCCAGUCUUACACCACACCACCGGAGGACGCGCCGUCUGGUCUGAUGGCGCGCGGCUCCUACACCGUCAACAGUCUCUUCACCGAUGAUGAUAAGAACAUCCACCUUCAGUGGGAGUGGAGCUUCGAGAUUAAAAAGGACUGGAAAGAUUAAAACGACGUCAUCAACAGAUGUCAAACAGGAUUGGACAUUAGGUGAGAUACAAUCAGCUUUACACAGGUUGACUGUUGAUACCGUUUUGUACAUUUUGUAUGGAAAUUUGUAAUGUCCAGUUCGGUUUGUUAGAUGGCGGGAUUGCAAUUUAAAAAAAAAUAUAUCGAUUAAGUGAAUUUGAGACUUGAAAUGUGAAAGAAAUUACUACAUUUGUACUUAUUAGGAAGGAAUGAAUUAAAAAAAAUAUUUUUCGUCGAAUAAAGCAACUAAAAAUCAAUUUAGUGCAUAACUUGAUGGGAAAAAAAUUCCAGUCUCAAUCAUGUUUAGUCACGCUAUAGUACAUUCGUAAUAUUUGUUUGGUAGUUCAUUAUAACACGCAUUUUGUAGCAAUCAAAUAUGAACUUUAAAGCAAUAUAAAUAUGAGUUAAAAUUAUUAAUUCUUUGCCAAAUGUAAUGUAUGUAGGGUCUGUUGAAACACUGAUGAAAACAUAUGGAUGUCCCUCUCAUACUCUUUGAAAGGAAAGAGAUAGCAAUAUUUUUUGCAAUAGUUGUGAUUCCGCCAUCUAAAUGAUGUUUGCUGACUGAAUGAAUAGCUUAUUGUCUAGAAUAUAAGAGUCAUUAGAUAUCAAACUCCCUUUUUUUUAUUCUAAUCCGGGAAUUAAAGCAUUUCUAGUAUGUAAUUACACAUAACUUUCUUAUAGAGGGUGAUAUUUUUUUACGCAUCGCAUAUGCAAAGGAAAUAUUUGUACACAUUUAUAAAUUUGUGUUAUUUAAAAAGAACGCACACGGCGUGUUAAUUAUUGCAUGAUCAAUUAAAUUAAAAUUUAUACUAGACACGAGAGUACUAAAGAUUUAAAGCGAGCUAUAAAGGUAUUGAAA